AUGCAGACACCACUCCUUACCUCGCUGCCUCCGCGGCUGCUCUACAUCAUCGCCGCCUCGCUCCUGCUCAUAUGCCUCUUCAGUCUCUCGCACUUUACAAAGUCCCAAUACACCCCACUGCUCCCCCAAGUGCAGCAAACGCCAAACCACCCCAACUACGGGCAGCCGCCGGAGGACCCCAAGGGCUGGAUCAAGCCCUCAUUGCGCCCCUUUGACCCGGCCACGGACGGUGACAACCUUUUCUACAAUUCGGAGGAGUGCGAUGCAAAGUUCCCCGGCCUCUUCACGGAGAUUGAUGUCGCGAAGGCGCGCGGCGAUAUCGGCGAGAUCCCGUUCCACGAUGGCGAUAAGGGUUACGUGAAGGCGAGGAUCUACAAGGGGAAGCUCUACAUUGUCGCGAAAGGCGACGAUGUCUGGCACCGCCAAUACGCAAUUCUACACCAGAUUCAUCGCUCCCUUCUUACCGCCCCUAACCCAUCCGAAAUCCCCAACAUCGAGUUCCAAUUCCUCGUCAACGACCAUCCGGCACCGAGCACGUGGUCGCUGGCAUGGAGCGGCAACGAUGGCGAGGUCCACGACACAUGGAUCAUGCCCGACUACGGGUUCUGGUCUUGGCCGGAACCGCACAUUGGAUCAUACGCCGAGGCGAAGGAAAAGAUCGAGGAGGUGGACCGACCACUCAGUUGGGCGGACAAGCAGGGUCUUGCGGUGUGGCGGGGGACAGUUCACUGGAAUGGAGAGCUUCGAGGGAAGCUGUUGGAGGUGGCGAAAGGGAAGCCGUGGAGCGAUGUUGCCGAGCUGGACUGGAAAACAAAUGCGCUCAAGAUUGAGGAGUUUUGCAAAUACAAGUUCUUGAUCUAUACCGAGGGCGUAACCUACUCCGGCCGCCUCCGCUACUUCCAACACUGCCGCAGUAUCAUCAUCACCCCGCGCCUCGCCUGGCGCCAAUACCAAUCCUUCCUCCUGCAGUCCUCAGGGCCCGACCAAAACUACGUCGAAGUCGCCCCCGACUGGUCCGACCUCGAGGAGAAGGUGCAGUACUACCUCGACCACCCCAUCGAGGCGGAGCGCAUCGCGAAUAACACGGUGCGGCUGUUCCGCGACUGGUACUUGACGCCCGCGGGCGAGGUGUGUUAUUGGAGGAAGCUGUUUCAGGGGUGGGCGAGCGCGGGCGGGGAGGUAGGCGAGUUGAAGCUGGAGGAGAGGGGCCGGAGUUGGGAGAGUUAUGUGCUGAUGGGGAAGCUGGAUUGGGAGGCGACUGCGUGA